AUAACUAGAGGGAGGGAUUCGGCUCUUUCUUACUCUUCUCUGACUCCCCGGGGUCGCGGGUCGGUCUCUCAGUUUCUCGCUCUUCUCGGAGCUCCGCGUCCCACUAGGAUUGGCCGAAUACAGACACGAGUAGCGCUGGGGGGAGGGAGCCGAGGAGCGGCCGGAGAUUCCGCGUGGAUUUGGCUCUUUAUCUCUCUGGGAUUAUUCAGGGGACACAUUCAUGUUCUCUCUCCCGGAUUCGCUGUCCCGGGGCGGCCUGAGUCUGAAGGAGGAGCCGUUACCUGCCGCCCUGUCCUCCGUCCGCUCCUGGAUCCAGAGCCCGGGGAUUGUGGCCUCCAGCUCCGCCGCGCACAGUGGGAUAGGCCUGGCCCGAGCUCAUUUUGAGAAGCAGCCUCCUUCCAACCUGCGCAAGUCCAAUUUCUUCCACUUUGUCCUGGCGCUUUAUGACCGACAGGGACAGCCGGUGGAGAUCGAGAGAACGUCCUUCAUUGACUUUGUGGAAAAAGAUAAAGAGCACAGUGGGGAAAAGACCAACAAUGGAAUCCAUUACAGGCUGCAGCUUCUCUACAGCAACGGGCUCAGGACAGAGCAGGACCUGUACGUCCGUCUCAUUGACUCCAUGUCCAAACAGCCAAUCAUCUAUGAGGGACAGGACAAGAACCCAGAGAUGUGCCGAGUGCUGCUCACCCAUGAGAUCAUGUGCAGUCGGUGUUGUGACAAGAAGAGCUGCGGGAACCGAAAUGAGACACCCUCGGAUCCAGUGAUCAUAGACAGAUUCUUUCUUAAGUUCUUCUUGAAAUGCAACCAGAACUGUCUGAAGAAUGCAGGGAAUCCUCGGGAUAUGAGAAGGUUUCAGGUCGUGCUUUCUACAACAAUUACUGUUGAUGGGCAUAUACUUGCAGUAUCAGACAAUAUGUUUGUUCAUAACAACUCUAAACACGGCAGAAGAGCUCGCAGACUGGAUCCCACUGAAGCAGCUACUCCCUGCAUUAAAGCUGUCAGCCCAAGUGAAGGCUGGACCAGCGGAGGUGCAACUGUCAUUCUUAUAGGAGAUAAUUUCUUUGAUGGGCUGCAGGUUGUGUUUGGCACAAUGCUGGUAUGGAGUGAGCUGAUCACACCGUAUGCCAUACGAGUCCAGACGCCCCCAAGGCACAUACCAGGAGUGGUGGAAGUCACUUUAUCCUACAAGUCUAAGCACUUUUGUAAAGGUGUCCCGGGACGGUUUGUCUAUACAGCGCUGAACGAGCCAACUAUUGACUAUGGAUUCCAGAGGCUACAGAAGGUGGUUCCCAGGCACCCGGGAGACCCAGAGCGAUUACCCAAGGAGGUGUUAUUGAAGAGAGCAGCAGAUAUGGUGGAGGCUCUGUAUGGAAUGCCGCACAAUAACCAGGAUAUUAUCCUGAAACAAGCUGCGGACAUGGCUGAAGCCUUGUAUAGCGUUCCCCGUAACUCCAAUCAGCUUUCCUCGCUGACACUCAAUCACCCCCACUCAGGCAGGAUGGGAGUCAACUCCUUUGGUAGCCAACUGGCCAUCAACAUUGCUGAAGCCUCCCAGGCAUCUGAACAAGGUUACACCCGGAACACAAAUAGCGUCUCCCCACGUGGUUAUGUACCCAGCUCAACCCCACAACAUUCUAAUUACAACACCAUCACCUCCACCAUGAAUGGAUAUGGAGGGACAGCCAUGACCAGUCUCGGAGUACCUGGAUCUCCGAGCUUCCUUAAUGUCUCCACGGCUAAUUCUCCAUAUGCAAUUAUGCCAGCGAGUCCCCCACUUGGAGUAUCUUCCAUCACCCUCCCAUCUAGCGCCAACUCUGCUACACCUGCAGGAGUCUUUUCCUUCUCUCCAGUCAACAUGAUCUCCGCGGUCAAACAAAAGAGUGCCUUUGCGCCUGUAGUGAGGCCGCAGCCUUCCCCUCCACCAACCUGCACAAGCUCCAGUGCAAACAACCUCCAAGCCAUGUCUGGCCUUAUUGUGCCACCAAUGUAGAUGAAGACACCUAAAACCCAAGGAAGAGUAACCACACAAAGGAAAAUCAUUUCCCCUUCUGCCACAGUAGGUAAGGUGGACCCUGGCACUAGUGUAACAUCUUCAUGUUGGGCUGCAGAUCCUGGAGAUGAAGAAACUGGAAAGCCAGGAUCUGCCACAUUGUGGUUUGUGGAACCAACUGAGAUGGAUCAUUCCACCUUCCUUGAAACCCAUAAUUUGCCUAUAAGAGAAGGGGCUGAAAUCCAUGGAAAAGGUCAUAUUGUGCCUUUUCAUUUCUGCCUUUGAUAAAGGACAUUUACACUUUGAGGACCAAACAACUUUCUUUCUUUCUUUUUCUCAAGUCAAGUCUGUUGCAGACCAUUUUUUCCUAUUACGGUGAAUUAACUGGAACUUGUAAUUUCUGAUAAUGGCUAAAGACAUGUAAUCAUCCUUAAGACCAAUCACUUUCCUCCACUGUCCUUUCAUUGUUCAUUGAAACUGGAUCCUAUGAAGAACUUACACGCAUGAGACAGGGCUAUCACAUGGUAACUUCAAACAAAGAGAUAGAAAGAGAGAGAUGUGGGAAGAACGAGCCCUUAAAAGCUUUCCUGGUGUGUAUGAAGGAUGGAUUCUGAAGAACCAUUUUUGAGGUCCAUCAUCACUGAUGGACCAUUUUCUCUUGUGUGUCAUCCUCAUUUUCAACUGCACUGUGACAUUGCCUUUGUAGUACUUACCCAUACAAAGUACAGAAUGCUGAAAUGAUUUACUGGUCAUGGGGGCAAAACAAGUCUUAUCUACUGUGCUUUCCUUCUGACCCUCUUUGAAACUGCUCUAACUUGUAAUGCAAAAGUAAAUGAGCACAAAAUGUACAUGGACCAGACAAAAAUUCAGGUUAUAGAUAAAUCUUUUUGGACGGUCAAUGGUAAUACCGAAGCUUAUUUCAUUGUUAUUGAGCCCAAGAACACAGCAACACAGACAUCAAAGGCAUAACUGUGAUUUGUUUUUACACAAACUCCACAAUAGAACCUUGUUGACUACUUUUAUACAUUCAACCCCAAACCCAACACAAAGCACAUGGGAAAGAGCUGAGCCCUCCUACCGACAAGAACCUUGUAGACAUUAAUGGUUAGUUACUUCCAAUACACCUUCCUUUAGGCUCCUUACUCUUGCAAUUGGUAGUGGAGACAUAUUUGUGUAAUGCUGUUUCUAAUCCAAUGGCUUUAGGCAUGAAAAUAAAGGGCUAGGUUAGAGACACAGAAGGUUUCCAGUGCUCAGACAACACUUUCCUUAUUUAUAAUGACUUGUAUUUAUUCACCCUCUCCUAUCCCCUAGUUCAGAGGCAUUGCUGUAGCCUGUUUGUAUAUUUGUGUGCAAUAAAUUCCUACUGCAACAGGCCUCUGAAGAGCAACCAUUCCCCCUUGUUGUAUCAAUAAAGAAUCUUCUUCCUCACUCUUUAAGCACCUCCACUAGACUCACUAAAAUAAGAUGGGGGAGGGUGGGGGAUGUAAGAAAAAAUCCACACAAUCCUUAUAAGUGAUAAGUGUAGAUUCUAUGUGUAAAAUAUAUGCAUAUCUUGUUGUGAAAGUAAGACGACCAAUUAGUGGUAAGCUGUGCCUGCAUUCUCACAAUUCCCACUGGCUUCCAUCUUGUUUCUCUUCUGUACAAAAGAACAAGAAACAAGUCUCCAUAUCUCUAUGGCCAACGUAGAAUGUGCAGGAAUAUCCUCUACAGCUCCUACCCAUGGAAGAGAUUCAAUGACUGUACAAUAGGUACAUGUGUCAUAGGUUAGGAACCAAUUCAAUUGCCAAUCAGUUUUCGUCGGCCAAGGUUUUUUUUUUUAAAUCUAGUUUAAUUAAUUCUUCAUCUUCCAGUCUUUCCAUCAACUGACUGCAUUUCUCCAGUAUGACAGCUAUCUGGCUACUUAACUGUGGAUGGGCCUGGAUGUUGGAUUUUCUGGUGGUCCCUAGGAGGCCCAGUCUGACACCAACAUCUACAAUGGUUUGAGGGACAGACUGCAAGUUGAUCAGGAGAGGACCUGAAAAAAAAAAAGGAAAGUAGUAAAAUAGACCUUGCUUCCUAUGCUGUGACGUUGGUGUAUUUUCUGGGACAUAUAUCACUUACCCAUAUUGGUGGGACAUAAUGAAAAGUAGGAAGUCCUUUGGUGAAUCAGGGUCAUAACUAGGGAUGGUUGUGGUGAAUUGAGAGUUUGACCAGAAUUGUCCUGCUUUAAUAUUUAAAUGUUGAGCGGUAUGCAUAUGAUAUAUGUCCUUGUGACUUCACAUGGUGGUGGAGAGAUAUUAAGAAAAUGGAUAUAAGAAAGAGCUGUGUUUACCUUGAUGAUGACUAAGUUCCUUCCACCAGUAAUUGCAGAAGUAAAAGCCUCCAACUGUUUAGAUUGACUCUUCAAACUGCUCCAAAAUUCCUUUCAGAACAAAAGGUCAUUCCUACCUGUCAGCUUACUCAUGAAAUAAAAAUAUAAAAAUAUG